GAUAAAUAAAAGUGCCUUCUCAGCUUCAUGAGGAGACGUAAACAAUUUGAGAACAUAAAAAAUGCCCUCGGAAAACAGAAUCAAAAUCCUGCCCAAGGCGGUGGUCUGCGAGGAGAGCAACCUGCGUGGUGACAUCACCUUCUCGUCGGGCUGUGUUGUUCAUCCGAGUGCCACCGUAAUCGCUGAUGCAGGACCCAUAAUAAUUGGGGAGAACUGCAUCAUUGAGGAAUAUGCUACAAUAGCCCACCGCUUGGAGCCAGGUGCUGUAUGGGAUGUCAACAAUAUCCUGAGUAUUGGCACCCACAAUGUAUUCGAGGUUGGAUGCCAAGUGGAAGCUGCUCGGAUUGGCGAUAAGAACGUCUUCGAGAGCAAAUGUUUUGUGGGCCGCGCAGUUACUAUUUCCAGCGGUUGUGUGGUGGGAGCGGGAAUUAGGAUCCAUACCAGUCAACUUCUGCCCGAAAACACCAUUGUUUAUGGAGAGCAGGGUCUGCAGCGUGAGGCCAUCGACAAGCAGGGAUCGCAAACCCUGCAAAUCGACUUCCUGCGCAAGGUCCUGCCUAACUAUCAUCAUCUCCGCAAGCCCAACUACGAUCCCAAAAAGGCGCGCAGCGUGGUGUAGCUUGUAGUAUUCUUUAUAUAUAUAUAAUCCGUCAUGUAUUCUCCACUUUCACGGCAUUAAAGUCAGCCAUCUCCUUUUCGAA